CUUUCAUUUUCAUUCCCAAACGUCCUGUCCGACACUAUAAAAUAAGAGGACUGUCCAACCCUGAGAAAUGACGCCCCCAAUCCCCUCGUGAGCAGUGGGAAAACACGCGGAUCCAAACACUACAGCAGUCCGGAGCGGAGCAGCUGCGCCAGAGUGCGGCGCGGCCGGGGAGGAGAUACGCGAACGCCGCCGCUGUCAUUGUCGAGCUCUCUGCGCUUCUUUUGCUUCCCUUUUCAACAUUACACUGCUGGAGAGGACGGGGCGCGUCUACGUUCUGGACAUACAGUGUAUAUUACAGUGUGCACGCGGGGCGCGUUAUAUAGCGUCUCCACAGAUUUAACGCGUUUUGAUGUCAUCUGACGUUUCAUGGUCGGAUUGUUUCAUUUAUAGCUGCGGGACUACGUUAAACUAGAGGCAUAUCACAUCAAGAGUUAUCAUUACACUCGCAGUCGCUUUCGGUCAGACAUGGAAGAUGGUCCGCCUUCAACAAGCUGUUUCCGAAGGUUUACGGACUGUUUCCUUGGCUCAAGUCUGACAGAUGAGAAAGUGAAGGCUUAUCUGUCCCUCCACCCGCAGAUGCUGGAUGAGUUUGUGCUGGAGAGCGUGAGCGCAGAGACCGUACACAGAUGGCUCAAACGCAAGAACAGCACUCAGCCUGCAGAUGAUUCCUCAGCUAACGAAGUCAGCAGGUACCAGGAUACGAAUAUGCAGAGUGUGGUAUAUGAGCUGAACAGCUAUAUGGAGCAGCGGCUGGACACUGGAGGAGACAACAAACUGCUGCUCUAUGAGUUGUGCAACAUCAUCAAAACAGCCACAAAAGCUGAUGGAUUUGCACUUUACUUCCUUGGAGAAUGCAACAAUAGUUUAUGUUUGUUCACUCCAACGGGGGCAAAAGAGGGGCUUCCUGGGCUCAUCCCCUCUGGUCCCAUCACGUUUGGGACCACCAUCACCGCUCACGUUGCAAAGACACGCAAGACACUACUUGUAGAGGACAUCAUGGGGGAUGAGCGGUUUCCUCAAGGCACAGGACAGGACUCAGGGAUCCGUGUUCACUCUGUUUUGUGUCUACCCAUCCUCACCGCCAUCGGAGACCUCAUCGCCAUCCUGGAGCUUCAACGGCAUUGUGGCAGAGAGCCCUUCAACCUCAGCCAUCAGGAGGUUGCAACAGCAAAUCUGGCCUGGGCAUCUGUAGCCAUACACCAGGUUCAGGUCUGCAGAGGUCUUGCCAAACAGACAGAACUCAAUGACUUUCUCCUUGAUGUGUCAAAAACGUACUUUGACAACAUAGUGGCAAUAGAUUCUCUACUUGAACAUAUUAUGAUAUAUGCAAAAAACCUGGUUAAUGCGGACAGAUGUGCGCUCUUCCAGGUAGAUCACAAUAACAAAGAGCUGUACUCUGAUCUGUUUGAUAUUGGAGAGGAGAACGAAGGGAAACCUGUCUUUAGGAAAACAAAAGAAAUUAGGUUUUCUAUAGAGAAAGGAAUAGCCGGUCAGGUGGCACGGACGGGAGAGGUUUUGAAUAUUCCAGAUGCCUAUGCAGACCCUCGAUUCAACAGAGAAGUAGAUCUCUACACUGGCUACACAACGCGCAACAUCCUGUGCAUGCCCAUCGUCAGCCGGGGGACUGUGAUUGGUGUUGUACAAAUGGUGAACAAGCUGGGAGGAAGUGCCUUCACUAAAACUGAUGAGAACAACUUUAAGAUGUUUGCUGUCUUCUGUGCUUUGGCCUUACACUGUGCAAAUAUGUAUCACCGGAUAAGACAUUCAGAGUGCAUCUACCGGGUGACAAUGGAGAAGCUUUCAUACCACAGUAUCUGCACGGCUGAGGAGCUGAAGACCCUCACACAGCUCUCACUUCCUUCAGCCAUAUAUAAAGAGAUCGAAAUGUUUCACUUUGACAUUGCCCCUUUUGAAGAACUUUGGCCUGCGAUAUUUGUGUACAUGGUUCACAAUUCUUGUGGGAAAAACAGCUUUGAGCUGGAGAAACUGUGUUGCUUCACUAUGUCAGUGCGGAAAAAUUACAGACGAGUUCCAUACCACAACUGGAAACAUGCCGUGACGGUAGCACAUUGUAUGUACGCCAUUCUGCAGAAGACCUCUGGAAUUUUCACAGAGCUUGAGAGGAAAGGUUUGUUGAUUGCCUGCUUAUGUCAUGAUCUGGACCACCGCGGCUACAGUAACAGUUACCUGCAGAAGUUUGAUCAUCCACUGGCCGCCCUGUAUUCCACAUCCACCAUGGAACAGCAUCAUUUUUCCCAGACGGUGUCCAUCCUGCAGCUGGAAGGGCACAAUAUUUUCUCCAACCUGACUUCCAGUGAGUAUGAACAGGUGCUGGAGAUCAUCAGGAAGGCCAUCAUUGCCACUGAUCUCGCUCUGUACUUUGGUAACCGCAAGCAACUGGCUGAACUGCUGGCUGCAGGGGCGCUAGACCUGAACAACCGUGCUCACAGGGACCGUGUAAUUGGUCUGAUGAUGACUGCCUGUGACCUCUGCUCUGUUACCAAACUAUGGCCCGUCACACAACUCACAGCCAAUGACAUUUAUGCUGAGUUUUGGGCUGAGGGGGAUGAAAUGAAGAAGAUUGGAAUGCAGCCCAUCCCUAUGAUGGAUCGGGAUAAGAAGGAUGAAGUUCCCCAGGGUCAGGUGGGGUUUUACAAUGCGGUGGCUCUUCCCUGUUAUAUGACCCUGUCAGAGCUGUUCCCUCCCUCCAGUCCUCUACUUACUGCCUGCAGGGAAAACCUGAGCCAAUGGGAACGAAUUGUGCGAGGAGAGGACGUCUCGAUGUGGGCGUCCACCGAGGGGGCUGAACCGAGUGAGACAUCAGACAGUGGACCAGUCAGUGGAUUAGCACCGAUUCCACAGCAGCACCCGCACCCUGCCAGAGACACCGGACUUCCUGUGGACAGUCCCACAUCCUGCAGAGACAGGGGGAAGCAAAGACGGCAGGCAGGAAAGGAUAUAUUCAGAAAAUAAACUAAACAUAAUGUUACCUCAUUGGGUGAUAGAGGCGUACACUGAUUACAUCAGAGCUCCCUCAGUGUUGGCUGGGACUCAAGAGAGCUCUGUGAGGGAACCUUUCGGCAGAAUGGACAUCAUUAUUGUCAGUUCUUUUCCUUAGGAAGUCGUUUUUGAAUAUUUUAGGUGAUUACUUUUCAUUUUGAUCAGUUUAUUUUGUGGUCUUACAAUUGAAGAGGCCUUACAAUAUGAACCUGAGUUAUGAUUUAAUGACUCGUUACCAGAAGACGGUUCUACUAGUUUAAAAUGGUACUUUCUCUCCUGCUGUGGUCAAAAAGUUGUACGCAAAGCUACUUGAGUGGUUUUAUUUUUUAAGAGAGACACAAGGAAUGUUUAGUCAAACUUAAAGUGCAUGUGGCACAGUAAACCCACUGCUCUGGUGGUCCGAUGGAUGUUUUCUUUUAUACUUUGAGCAAAAAUGUUUUGCAGUACUUGAAUGAAGAAAUACAGCCUAUUCUUUGUGGAGCUGAAAACAAAAGUCCCCCGCAACACAUCUUUCCAAAGCAUAAAGCUCCUGUGAUGCCGUAAGUUAGAUAGCUCUGAACCGGACUUGAGUCACACAAAAGUCACAGCGCUUUCGGCGAAAUCUGCAGAUACUUCCAUCCUGAUAUGAAGAUCAGCUUUAAUGUCAGUAAUGUCAAGAGUUGAAGAAACAGGUUAAAGGGGUCAUAUCAUAAGGAAUUCAAUUUCCCUUGAUCUUUUGAUAUAGAAGAGCUUGGUACACUAUGAAAACUGUGAUACGAUUAUUCUUAAUUAAACAUAAAAGUCUUAAAGGCACAGCAGCAAAACAAAAACAAAAAAAUACAGUCUGUUUAAUUCUAGGAUUCAGAGGGUGGUAAAUAGUCAUGAAAAAUUAAUUCAUGAUACAAAAAGACCUUACUAACAUUAAAAGUGAAAAAAUGCAAAAAAUUCAGGGAAAAAAUGUAAUUAUAAGAAAAUGAUAUAACCCCUUUAAAUCAUUAUUGUUAGGAAAAAAAAAAUCAGUGUGCAUACAUACAUACAUCAUUGAAAACUGAAACACUGUAAUGAAUAAUUGUUAAUGUGGUCCAGUGCCUAAAUACCAGCAAGGUUCUCCAAAAUGUAUAAAAAUAAAUGUGAUGACUUGAUUAUGCAAAUGUGAUGAUAGAGAUGAAAAAUAUCAACAGAUAUUAUUAGACUGAUCUCAUGAAAAUUAAGUGACUGGCAACAUUUUUGCAAAAUAAUAUGACAUGGUUCCUUGCAUGUUUAACAGCAG